CAACAGAAGCUGGCCGGACUUCUACAAGAUCUCUGGCCGGCUUACAACUUUAAAAAUAGGAAACAUAUUCAGAUACCGAUUAACAUACAGCGUUUCUCUUUUUCAGGGGAAACCCACGCGUGCCGAUUUUACGCCGGAAUUUGCGCUUGAGGAAUCCGCCAUCGAAUCGCAAAACAAUCGAUACCCAUAUUAUACUGAACACCAACGCGCGCCAGUAUUGGUUAACUCAAGGCGGCAUUGCAUUCCUACUACUGUACUCCCGCCUGCUAUUUUUGUUUAGGCUUGGGACGUAUAGAAAACCCCGAGGUCUUCCGAGCAAUCUUAAAGUAACCGAUACUGCCCCACGUUCCAACCUAGGUCCCACUGUUACGGGAUGGCCUGACAACCGUAACUCUCUUUAUUAGGGAGCAAGCCGGGGAUCCUGGAUCUCAAGCGCCGCUAUUAAUGAAGAUUAUCACACACAAGUGUAGUCGGCUCCCAGACACGCCCCGCCGCUUUCUUUUACUAUACUAGCGCCCUCUCUCGAUGCUCUCGAAGUUCGGCUGCGCCGCCUUCUCUUUCCUCUCACCCUUCCAAACGCCGGCUGCCUCUUUUAACGCGCUAAUCGAUACGCUAGGCAUUCGGGUUCGUUCCUGCAAUUCAAGGAAUCGAGGCUCUUUUUCUCACCCUUCCCGGCUGCUAACGCUUCUUUCUCGUCUCUCCAUCGAUCGGCUCGGCCUUCAACCCACUCCGCCUUAACAACGGAACGAGUCCCUCGGAGCGCGUUCGAUGAGCUCCGUGCUCGCUUCCCCCUCCCCCCCCCCACCAACGCUCCUUGACGGAACGAAUACCCUGGGCGCUUUUUUUCCCCUCUCUGGCCACUCGAGCUUCUCGACGCUCUUCUUGCCGUGCCUGUCUCCUAGCAGAGGGACCGGAAGUGGCUCGAGGAGGGGAGGGGGGGCCUCGGUCCCUCCUCAGGUGAAGGCGCUGCUGAUGGAGCCGCCGUUGCGGAGCCAUUGAGCCCCCCCUACCCCCCUCCCAGCGGUUGGGCCGGGGGGGCGCUCCCCCUAACGAGAAGCGACCGGACUUGGAGCCCCGCAAUUCAGCAAAGUGUCUUCAAGAUGGAGAUAGAAGACUGCAAUGGGCGAUCUUACAUAUCUGGACUUCUAGCUUUUUAUCAGAUUAAACUUCUACUUCCGGCACUUUUAUACAAGAAUAUUCAAAAUGACUGAAGGUUGAGGAUCCUCAUGACUUCUUUCCCAACAUAAGGAAUCUCUUCUUCCUGGAAGGUGAGUGGCUGAGUUCACCCUACUGCCGAGAUGCAGCCACACACACUCACAGCCUGUAUUCCACUGCUGUUUCCAAGGAGUUGGCUGUGAUAACACUCCAGGGUAUCUUCAGCAAGCUAGAAUAAUGUAGUGGAGAUUCCUCUUUGGAAAAGGAGUUUACCUCCACAAUUGUGGGGCCCACAGUGAGCACACCAAACAGCCAACACUCCUCCCCAAGCAGGUCCCUUAGUGCAAAUUCUAUCAAGGUGGAAAUGUACAGUGAUGAAGAAUCUAGCCGGCUGCUGUCCCAUGAUGACCGGCUCAUUGAAAAAGAGGACAGCGUGAUUGUAGAGGAUUCCCUCUCUGAGCCCCUUGGUUACUGUGAUGGGUCAGGACAGGAACCGCAUUCCCCUGGCGGCAUACGGCUACCCAAUGGCAAACUGAAAUGUGAUAUCUGUGGAAUGGUGUGCAUUGGCCCAAAUGUACUGAUGGUGCACAAACGCAGUCACACUGGUGAGAGACCAUUCCAUUGCAAUCAGUGCGGUGCCUCCUUUACCCAAAAGGGCAACCUCCUGCGCCACAUCAAACUGCAUUCAGGCGAGAAGCCCUUCAAAUGCCCUUUCUGCAACUAUGCUUGUCGAAGAAGAGAUGCACUCACCGGUCACCUCCGCACACACUCAGUCUCUUCCCCCACAGUUGGCAAGCCCUACAAAUGCAACUAUUGUGGUCGCAGCUACAAGCAGCAAAGCACGUUGGAAGAGCACAAGGAACGCUGUCACAACUACCUGCAAAGUCUUAACACUGAACCACAGUUGCUGGCUGGCCAGCAAGGUGACGAGAUGCGAGACUUGGAGAUGGUGCCGGACUCCAUGCUUCAUUCCUCAGCAGAUCGGCCGGCCUUUAUUGACCGACUAGCAAACAGCAUCACCAAACGAAAACGCUCCACACCUCAGAAAUUUAUAGGAGAGAAGCAUAUGCGGUAUAGCCUCUCCGAUAUGGCAUAUGAUGUCAACUCCAGCUUUGAGAAGGACGUGGAGAUGGUGGCUGCCCACCAUCCCAUGGACGCUAGCUUUGGCAGUUCAUUGUCAUUCAUGGGAGCAGAACAUUUGCGUCCCCUCAGACUCCCACCCACAAACUGCAUCUCUGAAAUCACACCUGUCAUCAGCUCGGUCUACACUCAAAUCCAGCCCCUCCCCGGCAGGUUGGAAAUUGCAAGUAGUCGGGAAGCUGCCGAAGGCCAUGAGGACCUUUCUGAUGGGACACAGAUUGUGUAUCGGGCAUCACGGGAGCCAAGCAUGGUAUCACCUAGCAAUGGUUGCCAGGAUUCCACAGACACUGAGAGCAUCCAUGAGGAGAGGGGCUCACAGCAGCCGCUGCUAUCCAGCAUUGGGAAUUGCAGCAGCAGCCGGCAGAGUCCAGCCUACGCCAAAGAGGACCCUAAAUUGCAGGAGGGCAUCAUUCCCACCACUACUCGGUCAACUCCCAGUUCAGCCAAAGAAGCCCUGCGUGUGGUGAAUGAUGAAGGGGAACAGGUAAAAGCCUUCAAAUGUGAGCACUGCCGGAUCUUAUUCCUGGACCACGUCAUGUUCACCAUCCAUAUGGGCUGCCAUGGCUUCAGAGACCCUUUUGAAUGCAACAUCUGUGGCUAUCACAGCCAAGACCGGUACGAGUUCUCUUCCCACAUAGUGCGAGGGGAACAUAAAGUAGGCUAAUCUUACUCUGUCCCCUUAUUCAUCUCUCCAUCACUAGUGCUCUAUCCUAGUUGGGCAUGGAACUGUUCAUUUCUUUUGUACUCCUUUGCACUGACUUUGGCUAAAAAAGAGAAAUGUUAAAAAAAAAAAAAGAACCCUAAGUUUUAAAAAAAUCCAAUGAACUUGAGACGGGGAGGAGCUCAUAACAUUUUGCCUUUCUCUAUGGUGUGUUAUUUAAAAGUUGAUAAUUAAUUUUAAAAUUUGUGUUUUUCUCUCACACUUGUAGUUAUUUAUUAACUCCUUUCUCCCUCCCUCCAUCCCUCCCUCCCUCUCUCCCUUCCUUCCUUCCUUCCUCUAAAUAGAUUUUUCAUUCAUUUCACCAGGAAUGUCCUCUUUUGAGGAGCAAGUAAGGGCUGGCAUAUAGCCCAACAGCAAGCUUGACUCUCUUAAGGUUAAGGUCUCUUCCAUUUAGACAUUUUUUUUUUGUUUCCUUUCUCAUAUUUCUGUUAAGCCACCAUGUUAGGUAUUAAGAACCUCAGAUCAGGUGCUAAACACAUUAUAGAGCUUCCCCCUUUCAAGGGGCUAGGAAAGCCACUGCCUGAGCUAUAUUACUGUUCAAAUGAACCGUAUAUAUAUAUAUAUAUCUUCUUUUUAUGGGUGGCUGUGAAAUGGAGUGUAUGAAGGUAUCAUGCUAGGAAUGCUGUGGUCCCAAGAAUUUAAUACCUCUGUGCAUCUACUUAACACAGCUUUGAACUGACUUGUAUUAUUUCCUCUAUUGGGGCCCAGAAGGGAUAGUGAAUUUUGCAUCUUGGUGUUGAUGAAGGAGCUACGGUAUUUCAAGGAAGAUGAUGAGCACUUUGUAUAGGAAGAAUGCUGCCUUUCCAUAUUGAACUGAGAACCAGCAUUGGGAAAACAAAUGCUGUUUCCAGGAUGUGAUGAAGGAACCUUAACAUUAUCUGGUUAAAAUCUAUGAUGCUUCUAAAGAGUCUGGAAUGUCCUGUCUUCUCUCCAGAUAGGUUGUCUGAGCUAAUUUUUUUUUGAGCUUCCGUGGUUAGCACUUAGCGGAUAAUGUUUGCUAAAGACUGUAAAAUCAGGGUAGGAAAAAGGUAGCUUUUACAACUCCCAUCAUAUCUUAGUACCCUCUGAGCAGGCUAGGAUUAAUGGGAAUUGGAAUGCAGCAACAUUUGGAGACUCAAAGGUUGCCAAUCCAAGCUUUGGAAGAGGUAAGUCUCCUAGCUGAGUGCAUGUCUUUAACUUUCCUCUCCCAAUAUGCAGGUUCUUUAGACAGCAUUAAUGAGCCUGGCUUUGCUGAGUAGGAAUUGAUUUAUAAGAUGGAGAUGUUGCCAUUGGGAGGUAAGAAUGAUGUUAGCAAUGAUUGCUGGAGUCAGCUUAGGAAUUUCUUAACAUCUACUAAAGCCAAAGGAAUGAGGAGUAAACUGCCAGUAUCUCUGUUCCGGUGCCUAACUUACACCUCCUCGUUCAGAUUCCCAGCAUCAUGAUUGCUGAACAGUUUGGAAUUGGACUUAGUUUCUUGGUCAGUUUAGCUGUCCUUGUAUGUGUUGAUCUGUUAUAAGCCUUAUGGAUCUGUUGUCCAGAAACCAUGAGCAAGAUCUGAAAGUGGCAGCCUUGAGGUGAGAGUUCUGUAUAUCUAUGGAAUACAUCACACUGCCCAUCCUAAACUAAGGGGAUCUAAGGUUUUCAGUGAGAGUUUCAGUUUUCUUAAAGAGAAAUCUUUUUUCCAGAUCAAUGGCAACAACUUUUCUAAGCUGAUUUGCUGAAAAGGCAAAUGAAACGCAGCAAGAUUUCCAUAGUGAUAAGUCCUCUGUUCGUUCACAGGUACAUGGCCCAGGGUGUCGGAGGGGAUCAUUAGAUUUCUGCAGCAGGGGCCCUGGCAAGGACACUUUAUUAUGUGUACUUUAGUGUCUUAAAAACUUUGAUCAUCAUCAAGAGCAAAAAAAAUCUCCCUCCAUUCUAUAAUUGGUUGCAGAUUGCUGCUGAUAAUAGGCUGUAGGCAAGAGAUAAAACACCACUUGUCGGUAUUACGCAGUCAUUCCUACCUCCCCAGCCUGAGUGGAAAUCUUGUUGAUAAUUGUUUUUUAAGAGGGUAAUCACCAAAUUAGAAGGGUUAUGUGCUGAGCCAAUAAAACUUGAAGCUUGCCUUUUUCCGGAGCUUGCUCCAUCUUUAUCUGUUGGAAACAUCUCAUCUGACGGAAAGGGGAUAUGAUUAAAAUAGUCUCUCUAGUCUUAGCUGGGCAAUGGAUGUGACAAGAAGGGGAGUGCUUUUGGUUUAGAUAAAUCCCUUAAUGCAUUUACUCAGCAGCACCCCAGGGAAUUGCUUCCUUGCAAGAUAAACCAAAGGCAGUUCUUUUUCUACUUAAAAAGCAAACCUCAAGCUGCAACUUUUUGUUCAUUUUCCUUCUUUAUUGCUUUUUGUAAUGUGAAAUACAGAGCUGAGCUUUUUUUAAAAAAAUAAACAAACAAAUGGGCCCAGCCAGUUUGACUAACUGGAAAGGCCUGAUUGAAUGAGAUGUUUUGAGGAACUGGCCAAGGAGAGGGGAGUGGAACUUUCCUUUAAAUACAGUACUCUGAUUUCACUGUUCUGUUCAUAUUUUAAAAUGUUGACUUUUUCUGGUACAAUAUCACUUUCCCCCUUCAGCUUUCUCUUUCCCACAUUCAGCAUAGGAGUGGCAUCUUAGAGGCUUGGGAGGCAUUUUGAGCUGGUCCCAGCAAUGUCUAUUUUAGCUUCAGCCGCAGAAGUGAAUAUAUAAUUUUUGUCAUUCUGAUUAUAUUGUGCAAUACAAAUAAAACAUGCUGAGAGAC